AUGGAAUUGGAGUGCCAUUUGGACAACAGAGAGCAGCUUCCCCUUGCAGAUGAUGAUAGUGACAAUGGCAGUGACAAGGAAGAUGAGCAGCCUCAAGUGGUAACACUGAAGAAAGGAGACUUGACUGCUGAAGAAGCAAUGAAAAUUAAACAGCAAAUCAAAGAGGCCUUAAAGUCAAAUGAAUCAGAUGAUGAACCAGAGCCUGCUGAUGGAAAAAUUAUGUUCAGGAAACCAGCCAAACGUUCAUCAGAGAAGUGUUUGGACUUCAAUGACUGUAUCCUGGCUCUCAUGCUUGUGAACAAAGCAGUGAGAGGCAACAGUGUUUACCUCUUAUCAAAGGGGAAAGAAAGAAGAGGAGUGGUCCUAUCCUGGUGCACCAGUUGGAUAUUCCUGGAAACUAAAGAAAUUGAGAAAAACUAAUCUAACCGAUGUAAAUAGGAAUUUUCGGGUGAUAAAGCUUUACACAGAUGGC